AUGCAAUCCUCAUACCCCCCAGACGAUGAUUCCAAAAUUACCCUCCCCACCACCACUGGCACCACAAGUGCAGAAGUCACAUACGCAGCCAGUACCCUAAGCAGCCAAACCAUCACCGCCACCAACAGCAACAGUAACAACAACCAUAACCACAACAGUUUUGGGCAUAACCUGAGCAAAGCACAUACUCUCACCGUCCCGACAGACGAAGCAGCAGAUAGACAGUAUGUUGUCGGUGAACCCAUCGAUCUUGAUAGGAUAUGUUCGAGGGAUACGACUAGAACGCAUAGAUCGUGUCGUGAACAUCAUGGGAUAAGUAAAAUUAAGACUACAAAGGAUGAUGAGGAUGAGAAUGAGAAGGAUAUUGAGAAGGGAGGGGAUUUGAAGGAGAAGAUUGGGUCGAAAACGGGGAGUGAGGGGAGUUGUAGCGAUGAAGGGGAUGAUGAGUAUUUGGUGGAUUGGGAGGGACCGGAUGAUCCUAAGAAUCCUUUGAAUUGGUCGGCGGGGUAUAGAUACUUUUGUCUGAUUACGAUGGCAUUGCAGACGCUUGUGGUUGUCUUUUAUUCAUCAUCAUAUGUGUCUGGAGCCGUGGGCAUGAUGAGAGAGUUUGGGAUAGAGAAUAAGACAAUUGUGGUCCUGGGUAUUACAACUUACCUGCUCGGACUGGCAUUUGCACCUCUGAUAUUAGCACCGUUGUCAGAAAUGUACGGCCGCCGCAGACUCUACAUGAUCUGUAUGGCCAUGUUCAUCCUCCUCAGCAUCCCCCUCUGUCUGGCAAAAAACAUAACAACAAUCAUCGCCGUCCGUUUCCUCACCGCUUGUGCCGGCGCUGUCACUCUAGCAAAUGGUCCAGGUACUCUCGCCGACAUUUUCAAACCCGAAGACCGUUCUACCGCCUUUGCAGUCUUCGCCAUAGCUCCGAUGAACGGUCCAAGUUUCGGCCCAUUGUUUGGUGGAAUUUUAUACCAAUACCUCGGCUGGCGCUCCCUAAACUACACAGCUCUAAUCCUCGCCACCCUAACCUGGCUCCUCAAUUUCCUCGUCCCAGAAACCUACGCCCCUCACCUCCUCCGCCUAAAAGCCCUCCAAAAGCGUCUUUCCACAAACGACCCCCGUUACCACUCCCGCUACGAUUUCACAGCCACAUUCUGGUCAUUACUAUUCACAAACCUAACCCGGCCCAUUCACAUGUUAUUCACCGAAGCCAUCUGUGCCUGUUGGGCUGUAUACGUGGCGGUCAUAUAUGCGAUUUUGUAUAUGAGUUUUGUGGCUUAUCCGAUCGUGUUCACGGAGUUGAGGGGUUGGGAGGCGAAGUAUUCGGGACUUGCGUUUUUGGGGAUAUGCGCGGGGACUUUUUUGGGGAUUGGGUUGGAUCCGGUUGUUAGGUGGGGGUAUAAUAGACAUAAAAUUGAUCCGGAGACUGGGAAAAUCCCACCAGAAGCUUUAAUCUGGAGCGUCUGUAUCGCCGCAGUCCUAUCGCCAGUGGGAUUAUACAUCUUCGCAUGGACAUCAGAUCCCAGAAUCGUGAAGCCAUGGAUUUGGAGUAUCCUGGCCGGUAUCCCAUUCGGUACCGGUAACUGUCUGAUCUUCAUCCAUGGUUCAAAUUACCUGUUAAACUCCUACUCAAUCUACGCCGCCAGCGCCGCAGCCGGAAACACCGUUGCCAGAAGUAUCCUCGGCGGCGUCCUCCCCCUCGUCGCUCCGAAGAUGUACACAGCACUAUCGCCACCAAUAGCAGGUACGAUUCUGGCGGCAUUAGCAACAGUAUUAAUCCCCAUUCCCUGGAUCUUUUAUAAAUGGGGCAAACAAAUUCGACAUCGGUCGCCGUUGUUGAUGGCUUUGGCGAAGGAACAGGAUGGGUAUUGA